AUGGCGCUCUGCUCCGUCGCGUCGCGCCGCCUCUCGACGCACAGCGCGCGCGCCGUCGCCGCCCGCGCCUUCUCCACGGCAGCUCCGGCUGCCCCUACGCCACGCUUCGAUCCAGCCGUGCCGCACUACGACGUCGUGGUCGUUGGCGGCGGCGUCGUGGGCUCGGCGCUCGCGUGUCAGCUCAAGAGCCAUCCCGUGUUCCGAGCCAAGCGCGUGGCUGUGAUUGAGCCCGUUGCGCCGUCCCCGUUCGCCGACGCGCCGGACGCGCGGGUGUUUACGCUCACGCCCGCCAGUCAGCGGCUGCUGCAGGCUGCGGGCGCGUGGGCGCUGAUCCCGUCCAGCGACUACGCGGCGUUCAAGGACAUGCAAGUGUGGGACGCUCUGGGCGACGGCUUCAUUCGCUUUGACGCGCAAGCGGUCCAUCGCGCCGACCUCGGGCACGUCGUCGAGCACCGCGUACUGGUGCGCGCGCUGCACGAGCGCAUGCAGCAGCUGACGGACGCCACGGCCGCUGCCGUGCCGCUGACGCUCUAUUGUCCUGCAACGGUCAAACACUUUCAGCGCCCGACGGUCGUGUCGGGCCUUUCGGAGAUUGGGUUGGAAGACGGACAGCGCCUGAAGGCCGACGUUGUCGUGGCGGCCGAUGGCGGGCGCUCGAUCGUCCGCACGCUCGCGGCGCUGGGCACGUGGGGCUGGGACUAUGACCAACAGGCAGUGGUCGCGACGGUCAAGACGGACGGCGGGCACGCAACGGCCUGGCAGCGCUUUUACCCCACGGGGCCAGUCGCGCUGCUGCCCAUGCGCGAUGGCUACUCGUCGGUGGUGUGGUCGUGCUCGGCCGACAUGGCCAAAGAGCUCACGGCGCUCGCGCCGGACGAGUUUGUCGCGCGGCUGAACGAGGCGUUCUCGGCGCCGUCCAUCACGCCACCGCCGCCCGAGUUCCCAGGCCUUCCAGUGCUCUCGGACUUGGUCAAGGGCGUGCACCAUGCGGCAAGUACCAUCAUGUCGGCCGCGGCGCUGAUGGAGCCGUUUGUUGCGCCGCCCCGAGCGGUGGCAGCGGUAGGCCAGCGGUACUCGUUCCCGCUCAAGUUGAAGCACGCGACCAAGUACAUCAAGCCUGGCCUUGCGCUCGUGGGGGACUCUGCGCACACGAUCCAUCCGCUGGCGGGCCAAGGGCUGAACCUUGGUCUGAGUGACGUACAGGCCCUGAGCGACCUGCUUGUCGAGGGUGUCAAGAGCGGGGAGAACCUCUCGAGCGAGUACUUUUUGCAGCAGUACGAGGACGAGCGGAUGAAGGCGAACAUUACGAUGCAGCUGGCCAUGGACGGCUUCAAGCGGAUGUUUGGCCCUACGCCAGACGCAGUAGCUGUGGCACGCAACGUUGGCAUGGGCACGCUCAAUGCUGUUGAGCCGCUGAAGAACCAGAUCAUGAAGUACGCCAUGGGGCUGUAG